AGGGGUCGAGCCCAGGAGGGGAUGAGCGGGUCGGGUCGCUGGGGAGUGUCUGCCCGGGCUUUGUGGGCUGAGAUGGUGGCGCAAUCGGAUCCGCUGCUAGGAGAACAUGGCGGGGGAGUGAAAGGAGCAGCCAGCAGCGCCCCGGUGUUGUUACCCGAGAGGGCACACCCCCUUCCGACACCUCACCAAUCGCCAUGCGAGCAGAGCGCGAGCGCCACGCCCCUCUACCGCGCUCCGCCAAUCCCGGCGGAACGGCCGCCUCUCUGGCCCCGCCUCUGCCAAUCAGAAGCGACACAAACACUUGGGACCACGCCCGCUUCCGCAGGCAGCCCAAUCGGAGCUGACACAAACAGGCACGCCCCAGUCUCCGAGUCACGGGCCCGCAGUGCGAAGCGCAGGGACGGGACGGGCGGUUCUCCCUGUGAGCGCCGCCGGCCAAUCGGGCGGCACACAAACAACCUCGGCCACGCCCCCGGGAGCCGCGCAGCCAAUCCAGGGGGACGUAAAUAGGCGGUGGUGCGCCCCCUAGUGGUCGGCGGCGCACCGGCGACCAGGCACGCGUCGCCCGCCAUGGAGGUGCCGGCGGUGCGGCCCGUGGUGGUCAGGCUCCCGGCCGUGGCGCAGGAGGGACCCGGUAGCGAGGCGGCGGGGCGGAGACGGGACGAGCGCAGCCUGGAGGCGUUGAGCCUGGCUGCCGGCGGCGGAGCAGCAGCGGUGGCGCGGCAGCAGCUGCCGGAGGGGCGGCGGGCGACGCUGGCGAGCGCCCUGGAGCUGGAGGGGACGGUGCUGCGCGAGGGGCGCCUCACCCAGUUCGUAGCCAACAAUCUGGAGCGGCGGAUCCGGCUGAGCGGCGCCCCGCGGGGCGAGCCCCCGGCGGCAGCGGCGGCAGGAGGCGGCGGCUCCAUCCCCGCCAUCGACCCCGGGGCGCUGCAGGACGUGGUGGCCCUGGCCGGGCAGGUGGCGGCGCAGGUGGACGAGCUGCUGCGCAACGUGCACUGCGGGCUGCAGGCCCUGACGGCUCUCAGCGUCGGCUGCAUCCAGACCUACCGUGACGGCGUGGAGAGCCUAGGCGAGGCAGCCGACCUCAGCAUCCGCGCCAUGUACGCCCUGGUGGCGCGCUGCGAGGAGCUGGACCGCGCCAUGCAGCCCGUGCCCGCCCUGGCCAAGCGCAUCCGCGACAUGAAGGGCACUCUGGAGCGGCUGGAGGGGCUCUGCAAGUAGCGCCGCUCGGGCGGGGGUCGCCGCCCCGCCGCCCUUCCGCUGCCACCGGUACGCUGAGCGAGGAACCGCCGGGCCUGCCCUUGCUGUGCUAGUGGCGCGGCCGCUGGGCCUGCGCCGGGCGCUGGACGGGGUUUGGCGCUUCCGGCCCGGUGGCUGCCCGGCCCUGCCGGGGCUGCCGAGGGCCUUCCCUCAGGCGGCCGCUCUCCCGCCCCGGUAGCCCCGCCGCCGGGCCCGCUGUCUACCUGUACAGCCUUCGUCUGCCUCUGUGCCCCGUACGUGACCAGCCGAGAUCCGUCGCCAGUUCGCUGGUAUUAAUCUGGAGGAAGUGAGAUUUUUGCAACUGAUGAAGGAAAAGGUCCCAGUUGAAGUCGCGGGGUAAAUGGCAGACGGUGCUGCUUAGCUUCAGCUCCAUUAAAGAAUUUGGAUUCCACAUGCCUUAUGCUUUCUAUUUAUUGAGGGCUAGGAAAAACUAACCAAUCUUAAGGAAGAGCAGCUGGUAAUAUUUUUUUUUUAAACAGAUUUGAAAUGAUUGUGAACACUUGCUUGCUGCUUACAGGCAUACGUGCUUAUUUGUAAUUGACUUUGUGCCUGGUGAGUAAUUCUCCCUUGUGCAGUUACAGCACAUGAGCACACAGAACACUGCUGUCUCUUAUAGGACGCAGUUUUAAGAGAAGAGGAAAUUUAAUAUAUAUAACAAAGACACUUGGUUACAGAGAAUAUAAAAUCCAUAGAAUAUAAGUGAGAUUCAGAUAACAAAUCCACAUGCAAAGUUCUAAAUAAAAGCCCUCAGAUAAAAUGUGCUUUGCCUCUGUUAGUCUCUACAGUUUUCACAGUGUAAGAGUUCAAAUGGCAUCACUGUGAAAUGAUCUUGUGAUCUUGUUGAGGGCUUUGUUUUUUUUUUCAGUUGGGAAUAUAUUUAAUUAGAUGAGGAACAUGAAUAUGUGACAGGGGUGUAUGACUGACAUAAAAUGGGUACUUUGGGGGAAUGUAUAACUUGAAGCUUUUGUAUAUGCAUCACUGUAUGCAGAAGUGAUCUUGCUGUAUCAGUAAGUGUUUCCUCUGAGGCCUGAGAGUAGCCAAAUUCUCUGAUCGCUAUUGUUCCUAUGCAACUAGCCUCUUACAUGAUACUCUUAGCAAGGCGUUUAGGACACAAAUGUCCUUGUAACAAGAUUUCAGCAGAGAAAUGAUCACUGUGAUCUUAUGUAUGUAUAGUGGUGCUUUCAGUGACCAGUGGCUCCUAAAAACCUUGGGGCAAAGGCAGCCAGAAAUACUACUCAAGUCUUGUAACUUUGGGUUGCAGAGCAGACAGGUUUACGAUGGGUGCAGCUGCUACGCCACCAUAAUCUCAUGAGGAACACUGGGUGAGGGGCGGAUGCUGUGAUAGACGGUGCUUCUGCUUGUAGACGAUAUUGAAUUGUAACAAAAUAAUUUGUUUUUAUGCCGCCCUGGUUAGCAUAAUACCAGUCUCUGGCCUGUUUUGGGUUUCUCAAUAUGGCCGUGUGUUUCCCUCAGCACAAGAUGUAUUUCAUGUGUGACCUUCCAGCCCUACCAACGGGAGAAGGCUGGAAGUGGGCAGUGCCAAGGUCACGCUCUUUACGGUCACAGCUCUUGUGGUACUGUCUUCUGGGGCAUAGCCGUGGCUCCAGAAAGGGACCAGAGGUCUUACAGAGAUUAGCUGAGAGAGAAAAGUGAGAACUUAAGUGCCCCUGCCCAUGGGCCUAGGAAAACACUAAAGAUUUCUUAACACCACUGCAACAGCUGUACUCUUAAUAGUUUUGGGGUGUUAUUCUUGGGAAAGUUUGAACUUUUCUAUCAUGGAGAUGUAGUAGUUUUGCUAAGUAUGUUUCGUAUAUGUUGAGUGAAAACCAAAGUUUGAUGUUGCUUAACUUGUGCGUAUUGUUGAAAUAUACUGGCAAGCUUGUUUGUACAGCCACAUACAGCUAUGCUUUAUUCACACAGGCUGAGGUGAAGCUUUAAAGCAGAUGUGUUCCAGUACGCUGUCGGUUUUCAAUAGUGUUUCAUUUAGUCACCUGUGUUCAGUGCUAAUUCCCUGCUAAAAUUGUCAAGUCUGUAGAAUAAAAUGAUUACUUUUAUGUUUUCAAUUGGUAGCGAUUAGUUGUUGUUGAAGUGCUUCACUUCUUAAUUACUGCUCUUCUUAUUUGGUAAAAUAAUUUGAAAGCUAGUUUAAACUCUGCUCCUGCAUCUGCACAGAGACACUUUAAUGUGAUUGCAGAGCCGGUUUCAGUCUAGGCCCUCAGGCAGUAAUUUCUGACAGUGAUGUCAUUCAUGUGAUGAAAAAGGGAUGACUAGUGAAUUACAAGCAUGAAGGAAGCAGUAAUUACACUGUUUGAAUUUGUUUUUUAAUAUCUGUCUGAAUGCUUCAGCUUGUUUGAAGGGCAGACUUCCCUGAGGUUGGUGAAGUGGCUCCUGUUCCCAGGUGUCUGACUUUUAUGUUUGCCAUCCCUGGGGCAGGCAUGGCUGAAAUGAUGCAAGCCUGUUCUGUGCCACCGCAGUCGAUACUGGUGUGUUACCACAUAGCUGCCUGGUCCUUCUGCAGCGAGAAGCUUCUGUACUGCCUUUUGAUCCUAGUCCAGGCUUUCUUGUGCUGUUAAUUUUGGCACUUGCAACUUCUGGAUGUUGAGUGUGAAAGCUUUCAGGUUCUUUUACCCUUUUUUGCUUAACCUGUCGUUGAGCAGAGUAAACCCAUGCUUGGGUUUUCCAAGACCUUCAGAUCGGUUUGCAUGUAUUUUCUUGCUUAGUCACUCAGCUUUACAAUUGGUCUUCUUUUCCUCGUCAGCUGCCAAGUGAACUUUCAUUGUAGCAAGGUGGGCAAGGUCAAAGAAGAAAACUAACAAAAUAAAAUGAUGUGCAGAGCACUAAGCAGAGCCAGACACAAAAUUUGCUGUGUGCCAGGAAUGACCUCCCUGCUUUGAUAACCGCCAGUGACUGUUAGGAAUUAGGUUAGUUUGAUUAUUCUUAUUUUCUUUUCCUUCAGGAAAAGUGCCAGAUCUGACCAUGAAAGUCCUUUUUCUGAUGAAGAAGUGCUUGGUUCUGCUUCAUUCACGACUUUUUUUUUUUCCUUCCCUCUUUCAUGAGGCUUUAUGUUCCCUGACUGAAUCAAUUCCAUAUGCAUGCUAUUUAAAGGAGCUUUACCAGAUAAAACCUUACUGCAGCUGAAAAAAAACCCCAAUCAGUCACCCAAAGCAGGAACGAACAUCACUGACAUUUCACCUUUAAGGCUUUUCUUCAACCUUAUUUAAUUGCAUCAGGUAUUCAGUAAGUAAAUAUAUCAACUUUGUGUGUGUCUUUCUGCCAGCCAGACUCUAAAAUAUGUAAGUCCUUGUCUGGAAUGCCCAGAUUUAUGGUGGUACUUACACCCAUGAGUAAGGUCUUGGCUGAGUUACCGGUAUGAGGUACAGCAUGCAAGUUGAAUCCAAGAGCAUACCUCUUAGCACACAACUAUUUUAAAAUGGGUUUAAAUAGUAUGGCUGUAUUACCAGAAGACAAAACCCUUAAUUUAAAAGCUUUAAAGUUAACAGCAGCUUUCCAGAGGAGUUGGAGAUCAGCAAUGCUAGCAAACCUUGUUAGCUGAAACUGAAAGGUCUUGAAGAUAGAGGCCUCUUGCAAUAGGUGUCAUCUGACAUAAGACAGGUUCUUGCUGUCAGAUGCCUUGUCCUGAUCAACACUGGAGUGUAGACCUGAGAACAAUUUUAAAGGAUUAGUAGAUUGUAUUUUUGUUACUGUCACAACCUGCUUUUAUUGCAAGGAAAUUGCUUUGAGAAAAGGACAGUCCUUUAAAAAUGAUACUGGGUCCAAUUAGUACGUUUUUGUGAAUAUUGUCUCCUGGCCCUGUCCAGGAAACAUAUCCUGGAUCCUCCUGCCAUGCAUGUAAGAGCACACAUGGAAGAGAGAGAUCCAUGACGUCUCCUUUAGAAAGCUUACCACAGUAUUGCAUCAGAUGCUGGAACUGAAACUCAGCUGCAUUUCACGUUUGCUGCUCCAGCUUGGUGCCUGGGGAAGGCUUUUGUCAUCGUCAGCAUCUGCUAUUCAGAGCUCCAGGAAUAGAGACGUGAUCAGUGGCCUUGGGCCCUGACCUUACACCCUGUUAAGACAACUGUAGCAUUAGGCCCUUAUCUUGUAACAGGAAAAAUGAUAAAGGAUCAAAAUUUCAGAGCUUCCUGCUGUUCUGAUUCCCUCCUAAACAUUAGAAGCAAUGCAAAAAACCCAAACCAAACUAAAAAGCCAUAAUGCCCCUUCCCCUUCUGCCCCCAAGACCGCUGAUUGAUCCCUCUUUGCAAAUCUGAAAGGAUGUAAAUAGGUUGGCAGUUUCGUAAAUAAGAUACUGGCCGUUGAGGAUAAUGUGCUUGAGAUGCCCUCCACAGUAGUGUUGAAUCCUGGUGAGACUUAAGAGAACCUGAGUUUAAGAAAAUGAAAUACUACAUUUUAGUUAUAGUAUCGAUAGGGUUGGAGAUGGGGCAGUCUACACAACACUCACAAAACUGGGAUCUAUUGUUAGCAGGGUUGGGCUGCUGUGUGCAUUGGUCAGGAUGCAGCAACAUUCAUUAACUGGGAGAGCAGAAAAGCAGAGUUAAAACUAUCUAUCUUGAUUGUUUUCCUAGAUUACAGCUAGAAAGCGCUGUCACUGUAAUUGGUUCCAGAAUUCGAGUUAAUGUUGCUGUAACUACUAUGAAGUACCUUUUCUUGAAAGUUGAUUUAUUUCAAAGGAGGAUAAUAAUUUAUGUCAAUAUUUUUAUCUUCAUAAAUGCUAGUUACUGAGGGGAGGAUCCCAGGAUUUUGUCCAAGCUGCAUUUCUUGUCUCGGUGUGACCUACCACGGUUUUUCCUUGUUUUCUUUGUGGGCAGUGCUGGAAAAGUUCCCAGCAUUGAACUUGCUUGUGAGACAAAGAGCCAUGCCCAGCGAGUGGUUAGGAAGCACUUUGUUAAGUUCAGCUUCCUUGUCUAGAAGUACAUGUAAAUGAAGGGGCAAAAAACCCUGCAAACUUGCCAAUCACUGCUAACUUCACAGUGAUGUAAUAAUCCUGGGUACCUGGUUUGUCACUGGGAUUGUUUGAUGAGACUCACUAGCAGAAAAUCCAAAAAAUUCCAAGUGGAAAUCUUAGCUUUUUAAUAAAUUAGUCUUCUGUCUAUGGCAUAAUAUCAGGAGUGACAUUUACCAGCCACUUUCACUCUAAUGAGAUUCUUCUUGUCUGAAUUUGAGCUGUUGCCAUGCAAGGAAAUGCUAACCUGAAAAUAAAGUCCUUUAAAGUCAGAA